AUGCCUCUCAGUUUCGAAAGAAAAGAAAGUGGGUCCAAUUCAGAAAUGAACACAACAACUAAAGUUACAGCUCUCUCAAUAACUUUUUCCUUUCUUUUAAAAUUUCUUUCAGGUGGGAUUACAUUGUUUGCGCUGAUUACUUUAAUCAUGGACUCUUUCAAGAUUGGGUACUUCAUUGGAUUUUCAAAUUGCUUAUCUGUCACAGAAGGUAUUUUUCCAGUUACGCAUGCAGUGCAUACGCUUCUGCAGGUGUACUUCUUAUGGUGCCAUGCAAAGGAUAUUAUCCAAUCAUUCAAAACACUAGAGAGGUUUGGAGUGAUCCAUUCAGUGUUUACAAAUUUGCUUUUGUGGACAAAUGGUGUACUAACAGAAUCAAAGCAUCAACUUAAUGAACACAAGGAAAGACUAAUUACUCUUGGAUUUGGAAACAUAUCAAUAGAACUGGAUGAUCAUGCACCACACUGUAAUUGUACCACACAAGCCCUCUGCUCCAUAUUUUCCGAAGGAAUAUAUUACCUGUACCCCUUCAACAUUGAGUAUCACAUUUUAGCAUCCACAAUGCUCUAUGUGCUAUGGAAGAAUAUUGGGCGCAAAGUGGAGCACCAUCACCAACAGAAGAUGCCAUUUAAGUUUCAAGGCAAAACAAUGGGCACUAUUUUAGGACUAGCUGUGUUUGCUACAACGAUAGCAAUUGUUGUUGUCUAUUUGAUUCAGAUUGGGCGUUCGAAAAUAAAGAGUGAAUCAGCCCUUAUGAUGUUCUAUUUGUAUGCUAUUACUGUACUGACACUCAUGUGUAUAGCUGGGAUAGUUGCUCUUCUGAUUUACAGAUGUGAAGAUAAGUCAUUGGAUGUUUCAAAAAACCCAGCUAGAAAACUUGAUGCAGACUUACUGGUUGGAACUGCCUCGGGAUCCUGGGUCCUCUCUUGGGGUUCCAUCCUUGCAAUUAUCUGUGCUGAAUCCCACCCUGCAUACACAUGGUACAAUCUGCCCUAUUCCAUACUUGUUAUAAUUGAGAAAUAUAUUCAGAACCUCUUUAUAAUUGAAUCCAUACACCGUGAACAUGAAAAGGUUAAUGACGACAUUAAAACACUUCGAAUAGUUACAGUAUCCAAUGGAAGUACUCUGUCCCCUGCACCUUCCUACAAAGAAAUAUAUAAUGGAACCAGUGGCAUUGAUAUUGACAAGUUACCACACAUGUUCAAUGGAAACAGCAGUCUACCUGAGAGCAGUGGAAUCAGUUCUUUGGAUGAAGAAAAAAGUGAAGCCAGUGUGCCAGCCACUCCCUCUACCUCCGAUUUCUCAGAUCACAGCAGAAACCUGCCUGUCAGCAACAAAAGAAGCAUCCUAAUGAACAUUGCUGCAUUUUUGUUCUUGUGUAAUCUUUCACUUUGGAUUCCACCAGCUUUUGGCUGCCGUCCUGAAUAUGACAACGGAUUGGAAGAAAUGGUUUUUGGAUUUGAACCUUGGAUCAUUGUUGUUAACCUUGCAAUGCCUUUUUCUAUUUUCUACCGGAUGCACUCGGCAGCCUCCCUUUUUGAGGUCAGUUGUAAAACAUGAACUUUCCGAAUACAGUACUGUGGAUGGGU